AUGGCAAGCAACGGCCUUACCGCAACCCCCUUGGGUCAACAAGGAGGCUUCAACUGGCUCUUUCUCGUCGACUUGAUCGUCUGUGGCAUCCUGGCUCUUUUCUUCAUCUUCUACUUCAAUCGCACCGUUUCAACAAUCGUCUCGUAUGCCAUUCGCGCCUGGACAUGGCACAAAUAUCGCGCCUACAUCGACAUUACUUCAUUCCAGCUCUCGCUUCUAGGAGGCCGCCUCUUCUUCAAGUCCAUCCGCUACCAUGGCCACAAUCAAACUGUCUUUGUCCAUGAUGGCAACAUCACCUGGCGAUACUGGCUGCGCCAGGUGCAAGAGCCUCUGAUAAUGCAGAAAGUCUCUCGACGUCACGGCGACUCCGAUUCCGACCACACCACCUCCGAUACUUCGCAAGAAAAGACCAGGCCCAGGAGUAAGAGCGUGGGAAAGGCCGAAGCUGCCGAUGGAAACCGCCAACGGAACCUUCCCUGUCGCAUAUUCGUCAAGGUCAAGGGUGUCGAGGCUUUCUUGUACAACCAGAGUCCUGUCUACGACAACAUAAUCGCCGGUCUCCAAAAUGAGGCUCGCAAGAAAGAUCCCAACAUUCCAAGCGCCGACAUGCCCACACGAGACCCAUCAAAGGAGACGACAUCGCCAGAUGACUUGAAUCGCCAAGAGACCGCAAGUACUGUUGAUGAGUCCGUCCUGGCCGAGACCGCCAGUAGAACCACAACAAGAACCGUGACUCACGAGAGCGCCAUUCCGGCCUUCUUGAGAAUGUUCCCCGUAGAAAUCGAGUGCAAGAAAGCUGCAGCUGCUGUCGGCAACGACUUCACUCAGAGCAUAGUUACUGCCAAGCUGGAGAAUGCGUUGGGAAGAAUCGAUGCUGAUGAGGCUGGUUCUCUGGAUUUGUACAAGCUCAUGUUCAACUUCGAUUUUCACGAUAUUAAUGUCGCCCUCAAGCCAAACACAGACUACCGCAUGUCUCAGAUGCAGGCGGCUGCACGCUUGGAAAAGGGCGAAGAAUCUAAACCGAGAAAGGGGCGCAGUCUAUUUGGCCUUCAUCCAAUCCGCCGAACUGGCAAAAUCCUUCGCAGUAUAAUGCAUGCGAUCAUGUGGCUUUUCACCUGGCAUCGCAAUUCCAAAGGCUCCAUCAGGACUGCAUCACUUCUCAGUGAAGACGAGGUUCUUGAUGAAGAGUCUGGGAGACUGCCUGGCGAAGCACAAUGGCAAGGCCUAGCCCGAUACUUGGACGAAACAGGUAACGAACAUAACGAAUGGGACAGUGUCGAAUACGCUAGAUUCUCCAACAUUGCAGAUGUGAAGAAGGCGAGUAUGAGUUUCUACUGGGACGUUCCAGGGGUUGUCUCGAAAUCUCACUUCGCCGGUCAGUCUAGCUUUUUGGACGAACUCAAUGGCCCAUCAGCGCCAGAAUAUGGCUUGAACCUGUCAGUUGAUGGUGCCGUGAUCAACUACGGUCCCUGGGCUGACAGACAACGAAUAACGCUGCAAAAUGUUUUCUUUCCUGCUCCGUAUCAUGAUGCUGUACCUGCACAGCGCCUUGCUGUUGACCAGAAUAGGAUCGCGACCGUAUUCAAGCUCUUUUUCUGCCUGGAGAGCGACAUCAUACUCCGAAUUCCAACUCGCGAGGCAUCAAAGGACUGGAAAUGGCAGGGUCGAGCUGAAGGACACCAAGCACAUAAGACUCCCGACGUCGGGGUCCGCAAGCGACGUGGCAAAGGAACGAAAAAGUGGUUCAAGAAAGAGCAACAGUCCACUGGAGCUGAUAUACGUCCUUUUGGCUGGCUGGACGUAAAAGUUGCUGCUGAUACUACCAUCAAUUAUGCGAUGGACAUGUAUGCGCGCCAUGACGGAUUCCACAACACUUUGAGCCUUGAUGUCAAAGGCACGGAGAUAUCUUCCAGUGUCAACCACGCUAUGUUGUGGAAAGCAGGCAACCUAUUUCUUGAAGGAGACCUUUCAAAUCCUUUGCGAUGGAACGCUUUGCGAAAAUGGUUGUUCAAGGUUCAUUGUGAUGGACUCGACCUAUACAUCCUGCGCGAUCACUUGUUUCUGCUUACUGACCUGAUUGCUGAUUGGGGCAUGGGGCCGCCACCCGACUUCUACACAUUCGUACCGUUCGUGUAUUCCCUGGACAUCAACUUCAAGAAAUUCAAGUUGUAUCUCAAUGCUAAUGAUGCCAACAUUGUCAACGAUCCCUCUGACCUUGAAGAUAACAACUUUCUCAUUCUGAACGGCGAAGAACUACACGCUGCGCUAGAAAUACCGAUCGAUCAAUACAGGCCGGCCCAGAAUAGUAUCAAGUUCGACGUACUCGCCAAGGAUUUGUCUCUGGAUAUCAGCAAUCCUCCUCGUAUCACAUUGCAUAGUCUCUUAAGGCAGAAAAGACUUGCAACUUUGAAGAAGCUGACGUUAGGUGGCAGCCAUACCCUCUUCGUUGAACAAGCGCCGGGCUUGACAGACAUGCUACAGAUGGACAUAUGCGGCACCGACCUAGAACUCCAAGCUUAUGGCUACCUGGUACGCAUGUUUAUCAAUGUGAAAGAGAACUACUUCGGAGAAUUCCUACAUUUCAAGACACUUGAGGAAUACCAAAAUGCUGGAUCGGAUGCUGCGAACGCUGAGACCAACAUGGUCGGCAGAUUCGCUUUCAGACCUGCCAACGAUCUAGAUGUUGUUCUUUGCAUCACAGCUGAGCAUCCUAUUAUCAUGCUACCAGCGAAUCUCUACUCUGCAGAGACUUAUAUCAAACUCGAACUACCUGUAGCCUCGAUGGAUCUUCGUGUUGCCAAUUACUAUCUCGACCUUGCGGUUGACGUUAGUCCAGUAUCUAUGUCUUGGUCAGGAAUCCCUAAUGACGACAAUGGAUUUGAUGAUUCUUUGCCACAGGUCGUGCUGGAAAACGCAAGUGUCGCUGGCCAUCGCCUGUUCGGUCUGCCACCGACCGAACCUGCAUACGUUUCAAACUGGGAUGUUACUCUCGGAAGCGUGUCAGGAGAAUGCUCACUCGAUUUCAUACAGCAUUUAGCUAAAGCCGGACGGGCGAUAGCAUUUGCGCUCGACGAUUUUGAGAAUGCUCUGCCGUUGGCACAAACUGCAGAAAUACCAGAAGCAGUCUUCUUACGACUCAAGACAGGUUCUGUAUGCCUUUGGCUCAAUGAGGGCAAGUCCGCCAUCCGUCUGUACUCAGAACCCAUCACUCUGAACCAGAACGAUCGCGCCGAUGGAUUGUUCUCCUCUCGCAUGCAUCUCCAGAUUCCGAAUAUUACCGCAACGUGCGUUGACUCGGAUUCAAUGGCCCAUCGUGGGAGUCGUGAUGACGUGCAACCGGCAAAGUGCAUUGCGUUCAUUCAAACGAGCCUUGACAUGUCAAUGGUGCAACGGAAGGCACAUUUCAACAUGGAGCGUGAGAAGCAACAGACCCACAUGCGUCAACAAGACGCGAGAACCGGCAGAGCGAAGUUUCUCAUAGCGCGGAGGGGGUCAGGGGCUAGUCAGGAUCAAGCAGAUAACGAUGAUGAUGCAAGGUUACCAGAUCCGCCUUCCAUGGCGCUCCCCAGGCUUCCUGAACCUCUUCAGAAAGGGCCCUUGAAAAUGGGUCUUGCAGCCGACGGCUCGGUCAAGUCAUCAUUACUCUCAAACUCCUCCAUUGGUCCAACUUCGACUCGUAAGGCCCUGCCUAAAGGAGACCUCGAUGAUGUGGCGCGUUCUCGACCUGCAAUGUACUAUUCCAACUCCGCAACUUCCCAGCCCUUAGGGACUAUGGGCUUGUGGAGUCCAUUCUCUGUUCCGGAUCCACAACAACUUGACGUCGCUGCCGACCUGAGUAAAGUUCCUCAAUUCUCGACGGUCGUCGAAGAAGCUGAUGAUAUAUCCGAAACCUCUUCGCAGAGCGAUUUGAGUAUUAAUCUGGACCAGGAUGGAGAUUUGGAUCAACAAACCUUCAUGAUUCGUAUGAUCCCUGGUAUACGCAUUUACGUUGAACCUCGUAUAAGUGAGACAAUCGUUAACAUCGUUACUGCUCUGCAACCAAAGCGCUCCGAAGAUGUAAUCGAUGCCUUCCAGAUGGAUGUCAUGGGCAAAGUCCAACAGGUCCAAGACCAAAAGAAGAGUCGCCGCAGUAUCGUCGAGUUGAAUUUGAUCGUACCUAGCAUCGACGCUAGAUUAUUCAACGACCAGAAGCUUGACAUGAGCCGCACCACAGCCAUGCCAGUGCAAGAUCAGUUGGAUGUGGGCCUGAGUCAUUUAGCCUUGACGCUCCGAUUCAAGCCCAUUCCUGAGACUGAGACCGGGACUGCAUUGACUAUGCAUUUGACAUUGGAAUCAGCACUCGCCAAGUUCUCAAAUCCCUUGGAGAAGAGUAAAAUAUCUGACUACGCAAUUCGCCUCGGAUUUGAUGAUGUCUUGAUCUGGAUGGUUCUGUCCAGAUCAAAGUCAGUACACGUCUCGUUCCAAGAUCUACUGGGUGUGGUCUCAGGUAAUCAAGCAGACUAUCUGGCAUCUGUGUUCUCUCGCUAUGCAGCCAUAGGCGCCAGGAUCCAGAAACAAGCUGACGCAGUCGAAAUUGGUUCCAAAGCGCGGUUGAGGAACCUGACAGAUUAUCUGACUGAGCAUGCUGAUGUCUCUACCGAUCCACCAUACCUUUCGCGUAUGACUUAUGUUCUUCGCGCCUUCCCAGAUCAUUUCCGCAACCAAGAAUCCUGGAAGAUUGUUGCUCGAUUCCGGCACAUAUACGAGUGUCUGUCGGAUGAAGGCCAUGUUGAUCUUGAACAACAGCUUGCCGACGGUAUCGAUACACUGAAAAAGACAUCAUCCAUUCUCGAAACAUGGGCAGCAUGGUGCAGCUGGGAUAUUCCCAACGUAGAGCAGACCCAAGUCUUCAAGCUCUUGUUGGGCGAUACUGAAGCCAAGAUUCCAGAGGAGGACAUCGAGCCGCUUGACCUUACACUGCGCGCUGGAGUUGUACGUAUCGCUGUCGAAUCAGGAAAGGCUUCCAGCGAGGUCUCGCUUGGUAGUCUUACGAUCGGCGUUACUGUCAUCCCUCCAAGCUUGCCUUCUGGACUUAUGCUGGUGGAGGAGAACCUGAGAUCCAAGACUGUGUUCCAAGCUCACACAGCAGCGUCUGUGCUCAGACUCAAUUGGGAUAUCUUGGAGCAAGCGGAUGCGUUCAUUGACAUCUACUUCGAGCAAGUCAGUCAUACGCUCGAUGAUCUGCCAGACCCGCCAGAGAAGCAAGUGUUGGAAGAUCUCUCAUUCAGACAAGACUUCCACGUCGUUUUGUCUACCGAUGAAGGCAGUAUAGAGUUGAACACAAUCAACCUGAGGCAUGUUUCUACGUGUAACAAUCUCAAGCUUUCGUUGAUAGGAUCUGAUAAAGCUUCUCAAGAUUAUGGCGAAUGCAUCAGUCUGCUGAUAUCAGCAAGAAAGGCUUUUACGGAAUUGCAUAGUCCAGAGCAAAGAAUUUGGCGUACAGACUUGGUGUCACCGAGUAUCUAUAUCGAUGUGAAACAGACAAUUCGAGAACACACAACCGCGAUCAACGUCGGAGGCUCGUACGGCCAGCUACACAUCUCGCUUGAACAAGAGGCAUUGGGACUUCUCGAGAUUGUUGAUCAUUUGUUAGUCGACGAAGUAGCCUAUAUCCAGCGCUUCCAACAACACAUACAAAAGGAGCAGAAGAAGAGCGUCGAAACUCGAGGUGGGCCCAAGCCGGAGCGCGAAUUGAAGCUCAAUGUGGCUUUCCUGGCCGGCACAUUCUCCUUGAACGUCGCGUUACUCAAGGCACUCAGCCUCUCAGUGAAGGGCGAUACGGCGAACCUUCGUGUACGGCCCACGUCCGGGUCCAGCCCCGCGUGGUCCGUUGAGCUCCACCUUGGAUCUAUGGAACACGCGUUAGUGCGGAAAGAAGAUGGGUCUAAAAGACAGAGGGCGGUCUUCCAUACUCCACCUGCCAGCAGCACUCUCAACCUCGAGUUGACUGAGAAACAGGUCAACAUCAACUUCACAGGCAUCAUGGAAGAAGUGUUGUUAGAAGCAUCUGCUGUUCAGAGUGUCUUGUCGAUCCUGAACAGACCCGAAGUGCAGAGUGUUCUCGAAACCAUCAGAGAUCAAGUGUCGGACUUACGCAAGAGAGUGGACCAGACACUGAAAACAGACGAAAAGGAUGUCAAGCCGAAGGUUGUGCAUGAAGAGUCUCGAUUGGUCGUCUACGAUAUCAAUACAGCUCUGGCUGGCUUCAAGGUCAUUGCGAUUGCUCCUGUGCUGACGGCAGGCACGGCGCGCGCAGAGUUGACUCUCGGUCUUGGUGCCGUACACGCAGUGGUGACGAACAAGUCUCGCAAAGCAAGCGACUCUUUCCCUGACAUACGCGGCAAAAUUCAAGACAUUGGGGCUGUCUUGACCCUGAUCGAAGAUGGAAAGCGCCGUCCCUGCGGCCAUAUCUCUGUCAGCGUCGCAGUGGAUUGUUGCACUCAGGAACCUCCAACAGGACCCAUGACGAGGGACAUCAAAGCACGCAGUGAAUCUUUCGAUAUAUUCGCAUACGCUGACACAGCGUCGACUGUUGUGGAUAUUGUCACACAUGUACAUCGCAAGAUCAUGGAUCUUGACCUCUCGAAAGAGGUUGAGUAUCUCAGAAGACUGAGACAUUCUCGAGCCAAACGAAGAAAGUCCAUACCACCACCCGCACCAGACUCGAUCAAGGAGGAAGAAGAAAAUGCUAUGACCGACGCGCCAACCACGCGACCUGCACUUCUCGACUUCUCGCUGGAUCUACGCAAGAUUCGCGUUGUCUGGGUAGUCAUCAAGAAUCGAUCGAUUACCGGUGAUCAAGAGCCCCAAGAUCUGGAAGUGUCCUUCUCGCGCGUGCACCUUGCCAUUCAGAAGCAGAAUGAAGCCCGUCUGUCCAUUCAAGAUCUGCAAGUACAGGUCGCACCUAAGAAACACAAAGCUUUCGAGCGAUCCGACAACUCGGCAUUGCUGCCGGAAGUUGUCUUUACUGUUCGUUACGAGAGUGGCAAAGAUGGUAUUCGAAUUGCAUGUCAAGCUGCUGGUCAAGCUCUUGAUAUCCGCUUAGACUCGGGAUUUGUCGUGCCUGUCAGCAUGCUACAAAAUUCCAUCUCAGCAGCUAUCGAACAAUAUCGGGCUGCUAAGCUGAACUGGCAAGCUGAUGCGACUCCAGACGACACCAAAUCGACACCGCGGGCCAGUCCCUUUGGUGACAAACGUCUGGCGUCUCUUCAGGCCGAUGUCAACUUCAAAGGUGCCCUGUUCUACAUUCAGGGAGAUGCACCCAAUCAGCCUGGCACUCCUCUUCGACCUGCACAUGUCGAUUUACCAUAUAAACGUAACCGAGCCGCUAGUCACGCUUCACAUGAUACUAUCGCUACAUCAUUACGAGCACCAGGUAUUGCCAUCAAAGUCGAGUAUUCCAAUCUUCCCGACAAAGAGCAGAUACUCAACGGCGAGAUCAAGGUGGAUGCGUCCAGCAACACGGUCUAUCCCGAGCUAGUGCCUAUUGUUCUUCAGAUCACCCACGGUGUGAAAGAGGUCGUAAGACACGGCGAGGAGGAGCGCAAGACCCCUUCCACUCCCAAGAUCGCACAAGAACAAGCUCUGAAACUUCAGAGACUUCGAGGCGAGGAUGAUUCCUUGCUUACCUCGGAUCCGAGUCAAUUCUUGGGGCAGAUGAAACUCAAUCUGGGACUCCGCAUCUGCAAGCAAGAGUUUGGUCUGAGUUGUCAACCGUUGGCCCGCGUCAAUGCAAAGUCACAGAUCGAAGACAUCUAUAUUACCAUGAGCACCAUCAACUCUCAUCAAUUCGGCCAUUUCUUUGCACUAUCAGCCACGGUAACCAAGCUUGGUGCUUCCGUCCAACACGUCUACUCCCGAGAAUCAACAUUCAGCUUCGACAUGGAGUCGAUUUCAAUGUCGCUCAUGAACAGCAGACAUCUGACUGGCGGCUCCAGUGGCGUUUCUAUGGUGCUCAAAGUAUCCCCUACCAGGACUGCGUUGAAUGUGCGCCAGAUUCAGGAUCUUCUCAUAUUCCGCGAGAUCUGGUUCCCUCCUGAGUUGCGGGAUACUACCGCAAUGUCUCCGGAGCCUUCAUCUCAAGAGUCUGACAAGCUGGUGGUGCAAAGAUACCAGCAGGUCAGUGCUGCCGCUGCAUUCCCCUGGAACGCUACUGUUACUGUUGCCGAACUUGCCGUUGACCUCGAUCUGGGCCAAAGCAUCGGCAAGUCAUCGUUGAGCAUCAAGAAUCUUUGGGCAUCGUCCAAGAAAUCUUCUACAUGGAAACAAGAUCUUUGCGUGGGCGUAGACGAGGUCAGCGUCAACAGUACUGGUCGUAUGAGCGGAUUUGUUGAAUUGAGCAACGUGUCUGUACGUACGUCAAUCGAGUGGCCAAGUGCAGAUCGACAAGAGCACAAGGCGCCUCUCAUCCAAGCUGCGAUUGGCUUCGGCGGGAUCUCUGCAAAGACCGCCCUUGAUUACCAACCGUUCGCGUUCGCAGAUAUUGAGGCUUUCAAUUUCCUCAUGUACAACGUGAGAGACGGUCCACAUGCUCCAGAUCGUCUGAAAGCCAUUCUCGAAGGCGAAAAGGUGUACGUUUUCUGCACCGCGACCAGUCCAGCUCAAGCUGUAGGCUUGUAUCAGGCUUUCGAUCGACUCAUCCAAGAGAAGCAGACAGCUUACAGUCAAUCAAUGGUUGACCUGGACAAGCAACUGAGAAGACGUUCCGUGAGCAAGGUACAGUCCAAGUCGGGGCCGUCACCACCACCGGCGCCCAUACGAAAACACACAACCGAAAGAAGCAAAAGCAAGUUCCCAAUCAUACUUGAUACCGAUGUCAUGGUCAUGUUGAAAUCCGUCUGCUUUGGCGCAUUCCCUAGCACGUUCUUCGACAACCAGAUCCUAAAGAUGGAAGCAUCGGAGAUCCAAGCACGCUUUGCCGUAGGAUUGGAGGACGAACGUGUGCACAGCAAUCUCAGCAUGACGUUGGGACAACUUCAAGUAGCACUCGCUCAGGUGAAGAGAAUUAGCGUACCAAAGACACUCGGCGACAUCUCGAUCGAAGAGGUAGUCAGCAGUGCCACCGGCGCCAAAGGCGGCAUCAUCCUCCGCGUACCCAAGGUCAUCGCUUCGAUGCAGACAUGGCAACAACCCAACGACAACAACAUCGACUACAUUUUCAAAAGUCUGUUCGAGGGCAAAGUCGACGUUGGUUGGAACUACUCGCGCAUCAGCUUCAUCCGCGGCAUGUGGGAAACACAUUCGCGCUCCUUGGCCUCCAGACUCGGCAAGCCUCUACCUGAGUCCGCCGUCAAGAUCACCGCCGAUAAACCGCAGAGACCCGAGUUGUCAACUUCAACGCCGGAGAAUGCAGCAGUCAAGAUUGACGGACAUGCCGAGCAAGGCAAAAUCACAGCUGUUGUCAAUGUCCCACAGUCGAGAUAUGAGUACACCGCACUGGAAGCCCCGAUCAUUGAAACACCACAGCUGAGAGAUAUGGGCGAGGCUACUCCGCCGCUUGAGUGGAUUGGUUUGCAUCGAGAGAGGCUGCCUAAUGUGACGCAUCAGGUCGUUAUUGUGACUUUGCUGGAAGUUGCAAAGGAGGUUGAAGAUGCUUAUGAGAGAAUCUUGGGGUCGGGUAUUAGGUCUUGA